AUGUCUUGGGAUGAAGAUGUUAUGCUCGAGGACGACUUAGAAAAAGAUUUUCAAGCGUACGAGGAGUUGGAUAAUUUGGUUGGGAACCCAUUAUGUCCCAGCAUUAAAGUGACAAAAGAUGAGAUAAGAAGGGCUUGCCAGCCAUGGAAGAGGUCGGUGAUAGUUAAAUUGUUGGGGAAGAAGAUAGGGUGGACAUAUUUGAAGUCGAGACUCUUAAAACUCUCGAACCCAAUGGGAGGUGUGGAGGUUAUGGAGUUAGAUGGUGAUUUCUUUCUAGUGCGAUUCGAUGUAUGGGAGGAUGUCCAGUAUGCGAUUAACGAAGGGUCGUGGCUGAUUUUGGGUCAUUGUUUGAUUGUUCAUAGAUGGCACCCAGGAAUUUUAGCCAAGAUUGGGAACAGUCUAGGGCGAUAUGUUAGGACCAACCCCAACACGCUAAAGAAGUCGAGUGAGAGUAUGGAGGAGACAUACACCACAGAGAGAGCACGGUUUGCAAGAUUAUGCAUAGAGGUGGACUUAGCUAAAGUUCUUGUUCCUUCCUUUGAGAUCCAACAUGAGGUGUAUCCUGUGGAGUAUGAAGGAUUGAACCUGGUGUGCUUUUCUUGUGGGCAAUAUGGCCAUCAAAAAGAUCAAUGUCAAAGAGGCGAGAUGGAGAAACAACAAAAAGUGGCUCAGAACAAGGUUGCUAGUAUUAUUAUAGAGGGGGGAACGGAAAAUAGACGAGAAGAAGAUCAAAGAAUCUUCGGGCCUUAG